AGAAUCCACCUUACUCGUACCUUCAUUCACCUCUCUAUCUCUCUGACUCUCUGCACCUGCGUAUACAAUGGCUUCAGCUUAUUUCACUUCUUCAAAGUUUUUAUUUGGACUGACAAUGUUGAUUGCAGUAACACUGGCUGCAAUGCGCAAUACCGGCACAGCAAGACCUUUGGUGCAUGUUCCGGAAGGAUCACCAAUAUCCUUGGCUGCUCGACUACAAUCGACCGGGUCAUACUCAGAAUGUUGGGACUCCUUAAUGGAGCUUCAAGCAUGUACUGGAGAGGUUAUACUAUUCUUUCUUAAUGGUGAGACACAUUUAGGUAACAAUUGUUGUCGAGCCAUUCAUGUAAUCCAGCACAGCUGCUGGCCUGCUAUGCUUGGGUCACUAGGUUUUACUCAAGAGGAAGGGGAUAUACUACGUGGAUACUGUGAUGCCGCUGCCAAUGUUGAUGACGAUGUUGUACGUUCACCAUCUCCACCUUCUAUAGUGCCUAUCAUGAAGGGGGAAUGAUUUGAAUCCUCGAUUACU